AUGCCAGAGGAUGGUGGGAAUCCCUGUUGCUUUGUAGAUGGGGCUGAGCUGGCCAAGAAUGAAAUCCCUGACACGGCCACUACGGUGCUGCUUGGGGAAUGCACACACGGCACGGAGGAAUUUUAUCACUUGCGUGCUGAGAUCAGCAAAUAUUUGAUGCAAAACAGAGGCUUCAACAUCAUUCUUUGUGAGAGUGACUGGACUUUCAUGUGGCACGUGAACCAGUACGUGCAUCGGAAGAAGAGCAAAAUGUUUCCAGACACUACACGUUUCCCCGAUUGGAUGUGGCAAAAUCGACCUUUUUAUGAGCUGGUGGAGUGGAUGAGAAAGAGAGCAUCUUCUGAUGGGCCCUACGUCUUUGGCAUGGACUGCUACUGCAAGGAAGAGGCAAAGGAGGAGGUACUCAACUUUUUUGACUUCUACGAUCGUGACAAGCUUGGUAAGGAAUUUCGGCGGACACUCUAUCCGGUGGAGCAGCCGGACCUGUAG